UUCUGUGUGAUGUUAUAAAACACACCUUGCGAUCAUCAUACAUUUAUCAAGAAGAUUUGCAAGUAUCAUCAAGUUAACUGUCAAUACCGUUGGAGCCUAUGGCAUCAUCUCCAAUCUCUACACCAACGCGGAAUAUUCAAACUCAAUCAGUGUGAAUGGUCAAGGUUCCGAGUUGACCUUGGUAGUUCCAGGCCACAGUACAUUAAAGUUCAAUGCUAUCAUACGCCGAGUUCGGAAUCUGAACACUGCACGGUGUUGAACCAGCCUGUGUACAACCAUACUCGAAGUUCAAGCGUCCCAGAUUGACUAUUCAGUGCACACACGUGCGUUGCUCUCCAAUCAAACUGUCAGAUAUUGCAUGCAAGAGGAUUCGUCAUGACAGAGAACGCUGCCAGCUCGUGAAUGCAUACCUGGGUGUGUGUAUGCUAUAGACCCACCUGCAUCUGACGUCACUGCUAUCCAUAAAUAUUAUUUCCACUCAUAAUCCUCCAGAUAAUAUGCACACGGGAUGUAAUAUUACGUGAUGCCUUAUUCGGCCACUUCGAGUGUUACUGCAGCUCGUCCAGAAUUUCACCGCAGCUGAUAUCUGUGAUUGAUUACGGACGCGUGUCUUUGCCGUAUUUUUAGUUCAAACCUGUUAUCAGAAAUGCCAAUAGAGACUUCUAUGUACGAAGGAAUUAAGAUUCACCCUUAAAAUCAGGUCAUCUGGUGUGAUUUUUUUUCUGGGAAGCUGCUAUCACCAAGACCAACUCGACCAUAACCGGGACAACAUCAGAGACGAGAUGAUAGAACUGCUUGAUGGUACGAGGUUUGAAUUAUCCAAGAUUCGAAAAUAAACUUUCCUGCGUAAAACCCACGAUUAUAGUCAUGAACGAGCUUCCUCCGUACGAGUGACGAUGCCCGCCGUGUGGUACCCGUAUCCUGCGGCAAGCUUCAGCGAGUCAUGUACGGUGUGUCCCGUCGGUUCGUUCCUCCUUCAGGCGCUGCCACCGCUUGGAGAUCCGGUCACACCGAUGUAGAUGAUUUCGAUUCAAUUGGAUGCAUUCUUGCUCAUUGUGGCUUAGAGCCAGUUUGGGCCAGCUCUGUGGGACCUUCAGGUGAGCUGUUCUACCUGGAGCCAGGACACGACCCUCAUCAGUUAGACAAUUUCUCCACGUCACAGGCUGCGCUCCAGCAAGCCAAGAACGACAAAUCAUCAUCCCAAGCUGCUGUCAAGAAGAAGAAGAACCUUGCCGCCCUGCAGAAAAUUAUGCGUCGCAAGAAGAGCUCUGAUCUCAUGAACGUAAACAACAGUGCAGACACGAGUCACCUCAAACAGCGUGUGAGUGGCAGCAAGAAACCAACACGGAGGACAUCCGUGCUGCGUAGUCUACCUGAACAAUUAAGACAGGUUACCCUCAAGGUUGAGUCAAAACAAACCUUUCAAACUAAUAAGCUAGAAUCAUGGCUCGGCGUUGUUUAUGCGCCAGACAAGAGAACUACUGUGCAGAAUGGGUCGUCACAAAAUGGGUCGUCGAACGGUGGCAGUGAGCUGCAUCAUAAUGGGAAAACCUCAACCAAGCAGACAGGUGUUUGUAUUAGGGGCUUGGUUCCAUCUGGAGUUGCCAUAAAAUCUGGAGAAGUUGAACUAGGUGACAUCAUAGUCAGCAUCAAUGGCAUCCCUGUAUUUGCAGAAACAGUGAACUCUGUCCUGGCAUCCAUGGAAAGUGUUUCACUGUUCAAACUGCAGCUGCAGAGAGCGAGUCUAGGCUCCUGGGAGAAGUACAUCAUGCCUCCUCAUCGCCCAGCCGCCAACGGCACCUUGGUGAAGCUAAUCAGUGGGGAGAGACUUACAGAGAUGGAGGACCCUUUACGAGAUGUCUGUCACAUCAUCACCUACCUCACACUGGGUAAAGAAGGGGAUGACGAAGACAAGGAUAUUCUGUAUGAGUUCCCAAUGACCAGAGCCUCCAGGAAACUCACUGACAUCAGAGGUCUCUUUAUCACGCUGAGCGAUAUGCUGCAGAAUAUUACCAAUAGUGCCAUCAAGAGCACGUCGCUCGUCAUUCAGGGUGAACUGGUUCACAUCGGAUAUCAGAAAGUAGGCACAGAGGUACUGGUGAUGGCAGUUCCAGCUAACAGGGUACCAUUGUUCCUUCUGGAUUGUAUCCUGAAGGAUGUCGUUCGCUUAAUGUGUUUCCUAUUUAAAUCUCUCGACAGUGCGUUCCAAGACUCUAACCAUCUGAGGCUCAACCACCUGUUCAGGUUGCUCUUCCAGCGUCUUCUCCUGGCAGAGACUCAGCAGAGUCAAAAGACCAAUAGUAACAUCUUCCUAGAGGGUCUCCCUGGAGCCAGGUGGCUGGAUCUACCUGAGGAGAUCAAGCUGAAUAUUGAUAGUAGUCUAAGUGACUUGGAAGCUGUUGACUUUGCUGACAUGUCUGACGAUCACUACGAUGACAGGAGACCCUACGUUUUACUUGGUUCCUGCCUUUUCUAUAAGGGUUAUGUAACAGCCAGUCACUUGCCCAAGGAUGACCUACGCGAUAUCAGUGUCUACUGUCGUAACUACAGCCUGAUGGUGCUAUGCUCCCAGCAGCAGGUGGGUCAACUAGUCAUCUGGAAGGAGGUCUUCCCAACGAGACGGACUGAGAAGACGGAACCAGCCGUGCCGGGGUACCAAGAACCUGAAGGCAGAUGGUUCCUGCUUAUUCUUGGCCAGAGGAACAGUCUACUGUGUCUGUUGAUGGAAGCAGCCGGAUGUGCAUCACAAUGUGAAGGGAACCCAUCCCCUGACCCGUUCUAUAUUGACCAGGCGAGGGCGACACUCUUACAUCUGGAGUCGCUCAAUGUACCACUGGCGUGUGAAGAAAGGUUGUCAGCUCCGCCCAUUCCAGCCCUGUCCUGUGCAGACUGGUUUUUCCCGACCCGUAAAAGUACUGCUGAGUCUGGCACCCCGCCUCUACCCAUCCAAGCAUCUCCAAUGCUGUCCAAGCUUCACAGCCAAUCACCAGCAAGAGGGAGGAAACAUUUGAAAGCAGAUGGUUCAUCCAAGAGGUCCAGCUCACCCGGUUCCAAUCAGCUGUCCACACCGAGUCCCCGACCGAGACGCCACACCAUCUCCCGACUAGACUCUGACAACGAGAGCGAGCCCUCAAGCCCGUACAACUCACGAGCAAACAGUACGCAGAGUUCCCCGGUCUCGUCACGACGGAAGAACGGAGAGAGGAAAGGAUCUGACGUGUCUGCCGGAUCUACUGGUAGCAUGGAACUUUAUAAGGUUUCAAGGAAGAAGCGUCUGAUUCCGGACCCCUACAACAUGGGCAUGAUGCAGAGGGGUAUAGAAGAAGUAGAGUGUAAUGACUACUUUACUGCAACCAAACUCACAGCAGGCUGUGAUAACACCCUGUUCCACUACAUACACCUUGAUGGAGCCAGCGGGGUCAUAGCAUGCCCUACACACGGUGACCUUACCCUCAUUAACGGGAACACACAUAAUCGGCUCAUUCAGAACUUCAACCGGUGUUGCAUCACCAUCAGACAUGUCAUGUGUCGCAGUACUCAAUUGAAGAUGAGGUCCGAUGAGCCAAGUGGAUCCGUUCAGUCCGAUCACUCUCUAGGCUUUGUAAGAGAGUAUGGAGUGAUGUUCAAAUGUCAACCAGAAAACUGGCCAGAGCAGAAGAAAGCACCACCCAGCAUCAACUACUGGGUUGUCGGGAGACUUUUUGAGGAUCCACAUCCGAGAGAAUGUUACGUCUGCUACCACGACAGUGCAACUCAAAAUGUUAUAGAACUUGCCUUUAAACUGUCCUUUGGGGCAGGACUAUGACCUAAGCUUGCUUCCCCCUCAACUACGCAAGCCCACAGGAGUCGUCAAUAUUAGUUUCUGCCACCGCAUAUCAUAAUGAUGUGGUGCGUAUCAUGCAGAUGGUGUUUGAAUACUCUACAGCUUGUAUACUGGUCACUCUGCGUAUAUCCUGGGUAUUGGUCACUUUUCUUCUAAAAUGGUUCUUGGACUAGCUCUGUAGGACCAGAUCUGGGGGACCAGCUCUCCAGGAUUAAUUUACUGUUACCAGAUCUCAGGGACCAGAUCUCUAGUACCAGAUCUUUAAGACUAGCUCUGUAGGACCAGCUCUGGGACCAGUUCAGUGAGACCAGCUCUCUCGGGGACCAGUUCUCAGGGACUAGCUCUCUGGUGCAAGCUCUUUGGGACCAGCUCUCUGGGACCAGCUUUCUAGGACCAGUUCCCUGUGACCAGCUCUCAGGGACCAGUUUCUUUGGGACCAGUUCCGUUAGACCAAUUCUGUGGGACCAGUUCCAUGGGACCAGCUCUCAGAGGAAUCAGGACUCAGGGACCAGUUCCCUGGGACCAGCAUGGAGCAGUUUCUUUGGGACCAGCCCGUGGACCAGCUAUGAGUAGUCUUCUUCAUCUCUGAUGAUGCUUGUAUUCGCCAUGCACUUGGUCUGCUUUCUGCACCUCUAUUACCAAUCAUGAUCAUUGACAGGUCACCUCACUAAAGUUGUAAAAUUGUAUCAAAUACAAUGGCGGUUUACACCAUUUUGACAUUAGGGUUAGAGACCUGAAACUUUUUUCCACUCACAUGAGGACUCUACCUAAUGGAAAUUGAGUGUGUCACAAAAUUGAAAAUGAUAUUUCCCCUCCUUUUUAAAAUCUGUUAUUGUUGCAACUUAAGUGUAGAAACUCAUAGCUACCUACCUAUGCACGACAAGCAUUGGAUGUUAAAGCGCUUCCCACAAAAAUCUGAAUUAAAUAAGUUUAAUGCACGCUAUGCUGUUAAACCAGUAUGGCCGUUUCUAGUACACUAGUGAAGUUGGCUCUGUGUAAUGUUGGAUUAAUUUUUGUAUUUAGUGAGAGCUCUUCCCACAUUGAUUUCAAAUUUGUGACAUCAAUGCAUUUAAGAACAAGUGAUAUCCUUCGUACUAUGAAGUCAAUGCCGUAAUCACAAUGCCAUUGGAAUACAAGGUGGUGUGUAGAUUAUGGUUUGUUCGUACUCGCUAAAAUAACGUCAUUUAGCAAACGCUCCUAGCACUCUUAUGAGCUUACAGGUAAAACAUUUGUGCUUACCAAAACAUUUCUAAUGUGUGGUAAAAAAAAUAGUUCGGACUAAAAAGUCUGUUGUUAAUUAUUCGUUGAAGACUCUUGACAAUAUGUAAGUGUGCUUGGUUCUUUUAACAUGCAUAACACAACACACUGAACCAAGAGCUUUGCGUCCCAUCUGAAGGACGAAACAACAAGUGUCGUGACCAGGAUUCGAACCCACACUGACACAAAACCAGAGAGCUUGACCUUUGUUUCCAAAUAAUAUUGUCACAUUCCAAAUUCCGUAUUUUCUUCCGUUGGUAGGACAAAAAGAUAUCAUUUAUGAACGCUGUUCUACUUAGGCUACAGUUUUUUUUAAUUCUAGCGCAUAGAAUUUUUUAUGAAGUAAAAAUAUAACCUUGAAAAUUGGUCGGCAAAUUAAAGUUCUGUAAUUUAAUUAUAAAAAAUAAGUUGAAAGGCAGAAAUUCAUGUUAACCCUCCUGUUGGUAGCAUUUUCCAGCGAGUCCACAGACCAUUUAACUGCAUUUGUUGUUUGUGGUGGCAUCGCACCAACUGUGUAAUGUGUGUACCGUGUAGAUACAUUCGACACAUGAUAUCAUUUGUCGGCUGGUCUGGUGUAGUUUGUUUAUCGUUCAAAACCACAGUGGAUAAUAUUGAAUGGUCAGACAGUAGGAGGGUGACUGUACAGUGUAGAUGUAUUCACCAAAUGAAAUUUUGUAGACCCGUCACCUGUAGAUCAUUCAAAACCAUAGUGGAUGAUAUUGAAUGGCCAUACAGUAGGAGGGUUGACUGUGUACUGUGUAAA